CAGGAAGCUGAACUUUGCUCUCAGUGAGGGGAGGAGCUGGGCUUUUCCCUUACCUCCUGCCUUUAACUUAGGAGCUGCCUAUAACUUGAUAAAGAAGGAAGGUGGAUGUUGUGUGAAGCACUUUGCUGCUUGGACUAAAACACUACGAGCACACGGGGAAAGUCUGGGAUUUGGACAGGUGACUGCAGCAGCUUGGCCCACCUGUGACUAUGGUUUGUACCGCGAGGAACAUAAGUUUUUCGAGUGAUGGCCUCCAACAGACGUCCUCCAUCAUAAUUUGCUCUUCAGAGGACUAGGAGUCCUUUUGGCUCCUGCAGCUUCUCAGCGCUGAUAAAUCUUGUCAUUGGAGGAUCAAGCAUCAUCAAAGACUUCCCUCAAUCAGUUUUAAAUAUUUGAUUGUAGUUUUUAGAUCUGUUUCUUAGCAAAUAUUAGACUUGGGAUUGGUCUGACAGCUUCAGAUAGACAGCAAUCUGGACUGGCCCAUUCCUCAAACUUCCAUUUGAGGAUCCUCUCAGACACACUGUUUGAGGUGUGAGGUCAGCAACCACACCUAGCUAAUCUGAUAACACUGUGUUAUCCCCGGACUCGUCCAUCAUCCAUCAGCAGUCAUGGAGUCUGUGGCAGCUAGAAUGGCCAUGGUGACCGACUCCCCCAACCCAUCGCUGAGGUCAAGGACUACUGUGACGACAGAUCGCAAUUCGUUUGUGAGCUCAGCCAGCCUUCCCUGCAGCCACUUCCUGUCAGUCAACGUCAUCAAUGUUGUGGAGAAAUGUAUGAGCGCCAUGCAGAUGGGGACCCAGAUGGUGAAGCUCCGCGGCAGCUCCAAGGGACUGGUGCGGUUCUUCUAUCUAGACGAACACAAGUCCUGCAUCCGCUGGAGGCCCUCGCGGAAGAAUGAAAAGGCCAAGAUCUCCAUCGACUCCAUCCGGGAGGUGUGUGAGGGUAAGCAGUCUGAGAUCUUCCAGCGUUAUGCAGAAGGCAGCUUCGACCCCAACUGCUGCUUCAGCCUGUACUACGGAGAGCACAUGGAGUCCCUGGACCUGGUGUCUGGCACUGGAGAGGAGGCACGGACCUGGAUCACAGGCCUCAAAUAUCUGAUGGCUGGCAUCAGUGACGAGGACAGCCUGGCCAAGAGGCAGCGCACCCGAGAUCAAUGGCUGAAGCAGACCUUCACUGAGGCUGAUAAGAACGGCGAUGGCAGCUUGAGCAUCAAUGAGGUCCUGCACCUCCUGCACAAACUCAAUGUCAACCUGCCCCGACAGAAGGUCAAACAGAUGUUCAAGGAGGCAGACACAGAUGACAACCAGGGGACGUUGGACUUUGAGGAGUUCUGCUCCUUCUACAAGAUGAUGUCGACUCGCCGAGAUCUGUACCUCCUCAUGCUCACCUACAGCAACCACAAAGACCAUCUGGAUACAGACGACCUGGCCCGCUUCCUGGAGACCGAGGAGAAGAUGACCAAGGUGACCAAGGACCAUUGCCUGGAGAUUAUCAACAAAUUUGAGCCGUGCUCUGAGAACCAGAAGCAAGCAGUUUUGGGAAUUGAUGGUUUUACAAAUUACAUGCGCAGCCCAGCAGGGGAUAUCUUCAACCCAGAACACUACAACGUGAACCAGGACAUGAACCAGCCGCUGUGCAACUACUUCAUCGCCUCCUCACACAACACCUACCUGAUGGGUGACCAGCUGAUGUCCCAGUCCAGGGUGGACAUGUACGCCUGGGUGCUGCAGGCCGGCUGUCGCUGCGUAGAAGUGGACUGCUGGGACAGUCAGGACGGCGAGCCCAUCGUCCACCACGGCUACACCCUCACCUCUAAGAUCCUCUUCAAGGACGUCAUCGAGACUAUCAACAAGUACGCCUUCGCCAAGAAUGACUACCCAGUCAUCCUGUCCAUAGAGAACCACUGCAGUGUCCCUCAACAAAAGAAGAUGGCCCAGUACCUCAUUGAGAUCCUGGGGGACAAACUGGACCUGUCCAACAUCAAAGCUGAUGAGUCUGGAUGGCUGCCAUCACCAGAAAUGCUCAAAGGCAAGAUCCUCGUCAAGGGGAAGAAGCUGCCUCCCAACAUCGACGAGAAUGCAGAAGAGGGAGACGUGUCGGACGAGGACAGCGCUGAUGAGAUGGAGGACGACUGUAAGCUGAUGAACGGAGAUACAUCAGCCAACAGGAAGCAGGUGGAGAACAUGGCCAAGAAGAAGCUUGACAACCUGAUGAAGGAGUCCAAGAUCCGAGACAGAGAAGACCCAGAUAGCUUUACCAUCGCGGGUCUCCCUCCUGCUGGGAAGCCCACAGCCAAAGCUGGUUCUAAGGGUAAGAGUGAAGAUGGGACGGACACUGCGGACGAGGCUAAUCCCAGCAGCAACAAGCGAACCGGCCGCUCCUUCAUGGGAAGCUUCUCUAAACGCAAGAAAAAGACAUCAAAGCUGAAGAAGACGUCGAGCCUGGAGGACACAGACACAGACCAAGAGAGUACAAGUAGUGCCUCCCGUGCCCCCUUGCACCACAACAAAAAGAAGAAGACCAUGAAGUUAUCGAGAGCUCUGUCUGAUCUGGUCAAAUACACGCGAUCUGUGGGUCUCUAUGACAUCGAGGCACAAGCCAGCUGCAGCUGGCAGGUGUCGUCGCUCAGUGAGACCAAAGCCCACCAGGUGAUGCAGCAGAAAGCUGCGGCCUUCAUCCACUUCAACCAGCGGCAGCUGUCCCGCAUCUACCCUUCCUCUUACCGCGUGGACUCCUCCAACUUCAACCCACAACCCUUCUGGAGCGCCGGCUGUCAGCUUGUUGCAUUGAACUACCAGUCAGAGGGCCGAGUCCUCCAGCUCAACAGAGCCAAAUUCUACAGUAACGGCAACUGCGGCUACAUCCUCAAGCCUGCCUGCAUGUGUGAAGGUGCCUUUAACCCCAACCUGGAGGACCCCCUGCCGGGUCAGAUGAAGAAACAGCUGGUGCUGAAGAUCAUCAGCGGACAGCAGCUGCCUAAACCCAAAGACUCCAUGCUUGGAGACAGAGGAGAGAUCAUCGAUCCCUUCGUGGAGGUGGAGAUCAUUGGCCUGCCUGUGGACUGCUGCAAGGAGCAGACAAGAGUUGUCGAUGAUAACGGGUUCAACCCAAUGUGGGAGGAGACUCUGGUGUUCACAGUCCACAUGCCGGAGCUGGCCCUGGUGCGUUUCCUCGUGUGGGAUCAUGACCCCAUCGGCCAGGACUUCAUCGGCCAGCGCACCAUCGCCUUCAACAGCAUGAUGCCAGGUUAUCGCCAUGUUUACUUGGAAGGUAUGGAGGAGGCUUCCAUCUUUGUUCAUGUGGCUGUGAAUGACAUCACUGGUAAGGCCCGGGCAGCCAGCGGCAUAAAAGGGCUGUUUCACAGAAACCCAAAGCAGUCUUCCCUGGACAGCCAUGCUGCUGUACAGCACAGCCGUAAGCACCCGUUUGGUGCCCACCUCCUGCGCCGCACUGCCAGCGCACCCACCAAAGGCCAGCCCAAAAUCAAGAAGGGCUUCCCAGAGAUCGCCAUCGACACCAAAGACUACAGCUCAGAGGGCGCUAGUGAGGAGCGAGAGUCUGAGGAUAGGGACAAGGCCUCUGCUGCCGCCUCUCACCAGUCCACUACACCGCAACACCGCAACGGGGACUCACUGGAAUCCCACCAAGCCAAGGGUCCCUGGGACCGUCCUGACACCAAUGGGGCUUUUCACCCUGAGGAGGGUAAAGACUGUUCCACAGCGCACAGACCAGCUCCCCCUCCUCCAUAUCUUGCACAAAACUCUGAAGACGCCAGAAGCACACAUUUCAUCCGUUCUGUCUCCGCCCCAGAAGAGAGCCUGCCUUCUCCCCACUCCUCAUCUACACCGCUGCACUCACCAUCCACAGCAAUAAAUGCAGACUCCCCAUUGACUGUUCCUUCUAAUGGCGUGGUGGAUAUUCCUAUGAGGGUGAACGGAGACCCUAAGAAACCUCCUACCCCCUUUAGAACCACCUCUCUCCCUCUCCAGAACCCUGCUGACAAAACUGUACCAUCACAGUGUAUUCGAGACACCCAGGCCAACAGAAGCGCUGAUUCAUUCAUGGAGAACACAUCAAGCCAGAGGGAAAACCAAAAAACUGAUGCAGCAGAGUUAAAGUUGGACCACAGAGCAGAGCCUCCUGCUGCAGCAGUGUCUCCUGGAACCCUUGGAGUCCCUAUAGCUCACAGGACCCAGGCCAGGAGAGCACUUUUUAGCAAUCUGCCAUCACACACACCAGUAAGAAGAACAAAAAGUGAGGGCCAGGUUCAGGUGGCUGUAGCCUCAGGUGGGCAGGCCCAGUCAGCAGUACCGGAGGUCUGCACGGAUGCUACCAUGAACGACCGCCUUUGGAGCAAGUUGGAGCCAGGCAGCCACCGAGACAGCAUGUCCUCCUCCUCUAGCAUCUCUUCCAGUGACACUGUCAUUGACCUGUCCCUGCCUAACCUGGCCAGGAAGAGUCUCACAAGCCUGUCCACCUGCGAUCCACCUUGGGUCAAUUGCCGCCACUCUGCAUUGGUCUCCUACGACACCCUGCGAGUCACCAAGAGUAAGUCAAACCCCAAUCUUCAGCAAAGUGAGUGCCAGAAAAAUGAGCUUAAGCCCCGCAACCUGCAGCCCGAGGAUACUUCUGUGGACUCACCCAGCCGACUGACUCAAAGAAGGCACACCUGGAGUCGGCUCUACAUGGAAGGGCUCAAGCAGUCAUCCACCAGCAAGCCGUCCGUUACAGUGAGAACCCCAGCAAAUACAGCUUCCAUGUCCAAAAGCCUCGGGGAUCUGACCUCAGAUGACAUUUCCUGCAACUUUGAUAGCAAGUACCGCAGCAUCAGCCGCAGUUUCAUUGUUAGGCCAUCCCGGGACCAGCUCCGCAAGGGCAGCCCACAGAAGUCUCGACCACCUAGCGACCUGACAGAACAACUACGGAAGCUGACUGAUGUGGAGCCCCUGACUGCUAGCGACUUCACUCCGGGAGACAGGCCUGGAGAGUCACAGGAGGAACUGGUGGAUGAGAACCUGGUGCGAAGGACAUCCUCGAGGAGCCAAAGCAGGGUGCGGUACAUUGCAAACAGGGCCAAGAAGGCCCAGGAGAGGCAGAGGCUCCAGGGCCUGGUCCAGGGCAGAAGUGCAAGCUUUAGCCUUACUGGUAGCAGUGGAAGUAGGGCUAACCCCAUUGAGGAGCGAGGUAACCCUGAAGGGGCAUGUUGCGUGGCACGGAGUCCCUGCACCAGCUUGGACCUGCUGAGUCAGCUCACCCCCCUAGGAACACCCUCCCCUAGACAUUCCCAGUCCUCCCCAGACCCUGAAAACAGUGAAGUCUUUUUCAUGCUCAAACUCUAAGAACUGGCUGACUUGGAACUGAGCGUGAGAGACACAGCUAGAGACUUGUCUGGACUACAGUAGAAAUCUUUUUUUUCUAAAAGUUGUGUAUCUUGCAGAAUAUCUUAUAUCUUAAAUUGGAUCAAAAUACAGAUUAUUUCAUGUUUCACAGAAAACUAUGUUCUACUGCUAGUAAUCCAUGAACAUUUUUUAACCUGUGCGUUCAUUCAUUCUGUCUGGAAGCUACUGGAGAGAGUUCUUACUACAGCUCUGUCGUCUGUUUGCGCCAAAUGUUAGAUAAUUGCCAGAAUGUAUUUAGUGAAAAAUACCUGGAGUUUUUAUAUGGCUGUCUAUGUUGACUGUGAUCUACCCUGAGUAUUUUUUGGAACUUUACAUGAGCAUACAGUAGCAAUAGAUCACAGCUAGAGGACAGGGUUUUAAAUGAUCCAUUCUUAUUUACUUGAAACUGUAAUGGUAUACUUUAACUGAGUUGAAAAUGAGAUACUUUAUGUCAAGGCGUUAUCAGCCCAUCCAUACACUAGCAAUAUUUUGAAAAUGAUGGCAUGGUAUCAUAUUGAAGAUAAAGUACAGCUUGAUGCUAAACUUUGAGGCUUGUCUCAUGUCUUUGCUGAAAAAAUAGAAAGGAAUAAUUUUUACAAUGCAGGGCAAAAAGUCUUAAUUUUUAGUGUUCCUUAUGUAGUGCUUACAUUGUAAUUUGACCGAACUGCCAAUAUUUUGCUAACCUUUCUGAUCUGUGGCAUAUCACAGCACUGAGAUUCCCUGUGUCGUCGACACCAUACCAAGUUUAGCUCUUUUUAGUUGACCGCAUGACCUUUUAUGCGUUGCAAUGUUUAUUUUAAGGCUGUACUUUAUUUUUCAAAGACUUUUUAUAUGAAGAUUUGUUAAUAUUCCAAAAAUCUUUUAUAGGAUUGUCACAAGAGCAUCAUGUCUGAAACCCUGUGAUGUCAUUGGUCCGUGGUACUAAUACAAGAUGGAAAUGAUCUGUAUCGAAGCACGUUUAUUUGUCGGCCUGCUGUAUUGUUUGCGCUGCCAUGCCAGUUCUAUGUGUGAAAUUUUAGGGACAAUAUUUAAUUCAAACAAUGUGUUAUUACCUGAAUAAAUUGCAAAUGCAUAUUA